AGGAAACAGAAAAAUAUUCUAAGCGGCAGAGGCUCCGAGGCUCCCCAGGCGCUGGCUCCGCACUCCAGAAACUCGCCAGUUCUAGCCCACCGGAUUGCGGAGGGCGCCCCGGGGACGCGUCAGGGCCCGAGACUCCGCGGGCCGCGGCGGCGAGAGCGUGGCCGAGCGCGCGUGUGAGCGAGUGCGAGGCUGCGGGCGGGCGAGUGUGCGCGGGAGGGAGCGCGCGCGCCGCCCGGGCCCCGGCCCUCCCAGCCUCCCGGCCUCCGCGCCUGCCUCCCGCCCGCGCGCACCGACUGCCCGUCGCCGCCGCCGCUCCAGCUCGCGCGGGCGCUGCACCGGGGGCUGCCAGCCGCGUCCGUGCCCUGUGCUUUUCCAAGAAGAUGGGAGCGACCUCUUCCUGAUCGGGAGCUAUUUAGGAGGGAGUGAGUCGUAUUUCCUAGUAGCGUGGAGGAACGGGAAAGAAUACAUUCACACUCCCCAAACCAGUAGGUUGGGACAGUUGGAAGUCUGCCAUUGUACAACAUGCCGCAGUUGAUUCUCUCACCUACCUUUCCAAUGGGAUUUCGUCUGUUAGCCAUCCUGGCUCUCUUUUUUUCCCAUGUGAGCCAUGUAAGUGCGGAGACAGAAAUGGAAGGAGAAGGAAAUGACACUGGUGAAUGUACCGGCUCGUAUUACUGUAAGAAAGGAGUUAUUUUACCCAUUUGGGAGCCCCAAGACCCUUCCUUUGGAGACAAAAUUGCUAGAGCUACUGUGUAUUUUGUGGCCAUGGUCUACAUGUUUCUUGGAGUCUCUAUCAUUGCCGACCGGUUCAUGUCCUCUAUAGAAGUCAUCACAUCUCAAGAAAAGGAAAUAACCAUAAAGAAACCCAAUGGAGAGACCACCAAGACAACUGUGAGGAUCUGGAACGAGACGGUUUCUAACCUGACUUUGAUGGCCCUGGGAUCUUCUGCUCCUGAGAUUCUCCUUUCAGUAAUUGAAGUGUGUGGCCAUAACUUCACUGCAGGUGACCUUGGUCCUAGCACCAUUGUGGGAAGUGCUGCAUUCAAUAUGUUCAUCAUUAUCGCACUUUGUGUUUACGUGGUGCCUGACGGAGAGACCAGGAAGAUUAAACACUUGCGUGUGUUCUUCGUGACAGCAGCCUGGAGCAUCUUUGCUUACACCUGGCUUUACAUUAUCUUGUCUGUCAUCUCCCCUGGGGUUGUGGAAGUCUGGGAAGGCUUGCUUACUUUCUUCUUCUUUCCCAUCUGUGUUGUGUUUGCUUGGGUAGCAGAUAGGAGGCUUCUGUUUUACAAGUAUGUCUACAAGAGGUAUCGGGCUGGCAAGCAGAGGGGAAUGAUUAUUGAACAUGAAGGAGACAGGCCAUCUUCCAAGACUGAAAUUGAAAUGGAUGGGAAAGUGGUCAAUUCUCAUGUUGACAAUUUCUUGGAUGGUGCUUUGGUUCUAGAGGUCGAUGAGAGGGAUCAAGAUGAUGAAGAGGCUAGGCGAGAAAUGGCUAGGAUUCUGAAGGAGCUCAAGCAGAAGCACCCAGAUAAAGAAAUAGAGCAGUUAAUAGAAUUAGCUAACUACCAGGUCCUAAGUCAGCAGCAGAAAAGCCGAGCGUUUUACCGCAUCCAAGCUACUCGCUUGAUGACGGGGGCUGGUAAUAUUCUAAAGAGACAUGCAGCUGACCAAGCAAGGAAGGCUGUCAGUAUGCACGAGGUCAACACUGAAGUGGCAGAAAAUGACCCUGUUAGCAAGAUCUUCUUUGAACAAGGGACAUAUCAGUGUCUGGAGAACUGCGGUACUGUGGCCCUGACCAUUUUUCGCCGAGGUGGUGAUUUGACCAACACUGUGUUUGUUGACUUCAGAACAGAGGACGGUACAGCCAAUGCUGGGUCUGAUUAUGAAUUCACUGAAGGAACUGUGGUCUUUAAGCCUGGCGAGACCCAGAAGGAAAUCAGGGUCGGCAUCAUCGAUGAUGAUAUCUUUGAAGAGGAUGAAAAUUUCCUAGUGCAUCUCAGCAAUGUCAAAGUAUCUUCUGAAGCUUCAGAAGAUGGCAUCCUGGAAGCCAAUCAUGUUUCCACACUUGCUUGCCUUGGCUCUCCCUCCACUGCCACCGUGACUAUUUUUGACGAUGACCAUGCAGGCAUCUUUACUUUUGAGGAAGCUGUGACUCAUGUGAGUGAGAGCAUUGGCAUCAUGGAGGUGAAAGUAUUGAGAACAUCUGGAGCUCGAGGAAAUGUUAUCGUUCCCUAUAAAACCAUUGAAGGGACUGCCAGAGGUGGAGGAGAGGACUUUGAAGACACUUGGGGAGAGCUUGAAUUCCAGAACGAUGAAAUUGUCAAAACAGUAUCAGUCAAGGUAAUUGAUGAUGAGGAGUAUGAGAAAAACAAGACCUUCUUCCUUGAGAUUGGAGAGCCCCGCCUGGUGGAGAUGAGUGAGAAGAAAGCCCUGUUAUUGAAUGAGCUUGGUGGCUUCACAAUAACAGGAAAAUACCUAUAUGGCCAACCUGUCUUCAGGAAAGUUCAUGCUAGAGAACGUCUGAUUCCCUCUACUGUAAUCAACUUUGCAGAGGAAUUUGAUGACAAGCAGCCGCUGACCAGCAAAGAGGAAGAAGAGAGGCGCAUUGCAGAAAUGGGGCGCCCCAUUCUGGGAGAACACACCAAGCUGGAAGUGAUCAUUGAAGAGUCCUAUGAGUUCAAGAGUACUGUGGACAAACUAAUUAAGAAGACAAACCUAGCCCUGGUGGUUGGGACUAACAGCUGGAGAGAGCAGUUUAUUGAAGCUAUCACUGUCAGCGCUGGGGAAGACGAUGAUGACGACGAAUGUGGGGAGGAGAAGCUGCCGUCCUGUUUCGAUUAUGUGAUGCACUUUCUGACUGUGUUCUGGAAGGUCCUCUUCGCCUUCGUCCCCCCGACAGAGUACUGGAAUGGCUGGGCAUGUUUCAUUGUAUCCAUCCUCAUGAUUGGCUUACUGACCGCUUUCAUCGGAGACCUGGCUUCCCACUUCGGCUGCACCAUUGGCCUGAAGGAUUCCGUGACCGCGGUGGUGUUCGUUGCUCUUGGAACUUCAGUGCCAGACACGUUUGCAAGCAAAGUGGCAGCCACCCAGGACCAGUACGCUGACGCUUCCAUAGGUAACGUCACCGGCAGCAACGCGGUCAACGUCUUCCUGGGAAUCGGCGUGGCCUGGUCCAUCGCUGCCAUCUACCACGCAGCCAACGGGGAACAGUUCAAAGUGUCCCCUGGCACGCUGGCCUUCUCUGUCACUCUCUUCACCAUCUUUGCUUUCAUCAAUGUGGGGGUCCUGCUGUAUCGGCGGAGGCCGGAAAUCGGAGGUGAGCUGGGUGGGCCCCGGACUGCCAAGCUCCUCACAUCCUGCCUCUUUGUCCUCCUGUGGCUCUUGUACAUUUUCUUCUCCUCCCUGGAGGCCUACUGCCACAUAAAAGGCUUCUAAAGGAACAAUCAGAUAUAGCAAAUUUAUAUAUAUAUAUAUAUAUACAUAUAUAUAUACAUAAAGAUUUAUGUAUAAUGAACAGAGGAAACUGACGUUUGUCGUGUUCUCUUACCUGCUGAUGGAAUCCGGCUUGCAAGAGCAUACUCUGUACUAGGGCCGAAGCGAGAAACCAUCUCCUCCCAUUCCCAGGGGCAUCAUCGUAUUGAACAAGGCGUGGAGGCAGGGCCGUCCAUCCAUCUUUGCAGCUCGGCCUAGAAGGGAUGUACAAUCUCCAGAUUGAUAAAUCAUUAAGGCUUUGAUUUGUUUUCUUGUUUAUGCUUUUGGUUUUGGUGGGACUGGGGAGGUGAUUGAGGCUUGGCUUUUCUUUUGUUUUCUUUUGGUUUUUGUUGUUGGGAGGGUCAGGGGUUUUUCUUCUCUUUAUGAAAGGUGAUGACCGAGCCAAAUGCAAAUGUUAAAUCGUUAAGAUUCCCCUCCUCCCAAAUUUUUAAAAUUAUUUUUGAUUAAAAAAGGAUCUGGGCAUGGAAGAGGAAGCAUGUCUUCACUAUUUUACCAAGUUUCUUGCUCAACUCCAGAAUCUGAGCAGAAGGGAAUCUGCCUCCAAGAAGAAGCUCUAAUAGAGCCAGGAAAAGUGAUGGUUCUAGAUACUAUCUGGUAUUUAAAGACAUAAUACCUGGCACUGCUGUUCAACAAGUAUAGGGAUGAUGUGCCUAGAUUCCCAGGAACAUGCAAAAUCCUAUUUUUCUUAUCUUUUUAGCUCUGGACUAUGAUUAGUAAGGCCCUUACUCUGGUGAUCCAGCCCAGCUACUCCUCCUCAGUCCCCUGUCCCAACCCUCUUCCUCCUGACCCCCACGCCCGAUGCAAAUAGGAAGACUAGCCCCAUUCAAAGAGCACAUCAUCCUUUUCCAUUUGCAUCAAUAUGUGUCCCAGUCCCAUGUUGCUAUUGCCUAGGAUUAUCCAUCAGUUUUAUUUUCAAAAGCAUCCAUGGCCUGCACAGUCCUGUUCCAGUCACGACUGAACAUUUGCUCCUUCUUUUUCAUGUGCCUGUUUGGGAAUGUUGUUGUGAUACUUGUUACACAGUGCAUGGAUGAAAAACAAAACAAAAAGUGUAUUUGUAUAUAGUAGAGUGUAGCAUAUUCCAUCCUCCCAUUCAUCAACAUUGCUUGGACGUUGAAGACAUGAGUUGUUUUUUCACCUGAGUUGGUACUUUUGUGUUGUUAUUGAAUUUGAUUAUUACUCGGGAUAAAAGGAGAAAAAUGGCUUAUAUGUUCAUGGAUCUGCACAUUCAUUUCUAAGAAGCAAUAACUGUCAUGUGGAAAUUUAAAGUUACUGAGGGGUUCAGCAGACAAACUACAAAGUAUCUUAUGGAAUAUUAGCCAUGUGGAACACAUCAGAGGCCUGUAAGCAUCACCCGUUAAUUCAGGAAGGCCAAGGAGUAAGGUAUGGUAGAGAAGUGGGUGAGUUACACAUGCCUGGACUUUGAGAGCCUCCAUUUCUACAACACCCCUUCCCCCAAGUAUUUAUUUCACAUCUGCUCUGUCUGGCACAGAUGGUAGAUAGUGCUGGUUUAUUCAUUUUAUUUUUUAUGUAAAAGGCUAUUUUGAGCCCUAUUUCUGUCACCAUGCAGACCCCUUUGAUUGUAUCUGCAGUUUGUGAGUAGGAAAAAAGUCAGGUGGCCAGUGGACCUUGUAAGGUGUGUCUCCUUGACAUCUGACUGAAGAGCAAGCAAUUAAAUGAGAUCAGUGCCUCCCAGGAGGAUGGCACCGAGAGGUUUUUAACCAUUUACAAAGAAUGGCUCUUUCUAUUUCAAAAUACCAAAGAGCAUGGGAUAAACCCAAUAUUCCAAAGUAACGAGUCCACUAAUGAGGGAAAAGGAAUGAUUUUUGCCUGCCUCUCAGUGAUGUCUCUGCUUAUGGGGAAUCCCAGGAUAGAGACUUCUCUGUACUGAUUCAAAGAUAUUUAAGAAAUAAAAGCUGUUGAAACUUAUUUUCUCUUCUUCCAUUUAGUAAUCAUGAUCAAUUGUCAAUUCAUAAACAUUUGGUGGUUGAAUGAAUAAUUAAAUGCCGAUUACCCACUCAACAUGGCAGGUACUACGCUAUCUCCUGGGGACUAAACCAUAAACCAGGCAGCCCAGAUCCCUGUCCGUAGGGGUUUAGAGUUCAUGUGAUUGCUAUUUCCAUGAGUCAAGUCCAACACGGUCAUAUGGAAACAGUUUUAUCUUGUGGGGAAAACACGAUUAUGAAACUAACAUAAACACAUUGAAACUCUACAAAUAACAAUGGUCCAACUGUCUCAAAUACUGGGAUUUUCUUUAGGUAGAAAAUUAUAAACAUAGACUUGGAAGAGCACCCUAUUUAUCCUUGACCAAUCUUGCAGAUCUGUACAGCUCCCAUUUUAAACCAAGGAAAAGGCAACCAUGUUGGUGAUUGAGAUCAGGGGCAAGGCCUAGUUAAUCCCGGUUUUUUUUUUUAUCUUUCUUGGGAAACUACUCUUGUAUGCCCCACAGCUUUGUGAUUGCUCCCAUCUGCCACCGACUCAUGCCUGACCUGUCGUGGCCCAACACAGGCAGCCAUGAUCCUUUGGGGGGACACCUUCUAACCCGUGCUUUAUUUAAUAUUUAUUUUUUUUUUGAGAUUUACCAAGUGGAAAGCUAGCCUAGCAAUACCAAGGAAAUAUAGUUAAGGGAUGUAAGUUGCUUAAACAUUAGCAGGAUUUUGCACUCACUUUUUAGCUGGAUUUGGAAUGACAGUAAUUCCAUAGCGAAUUUUCACAGAGGACUUUAAGAAAUUCUUGCUGUUGGUCAAUUUCAAAUUCAAAGUUUUUUAGUUUGUUUGCUUUUUAAAUUUUCAUGCCAUAGGGAAAAUAUUGAUUCUGGUUUUUCAGGGUGGUUGUUAAUUAUUAUAGUUGUGUACAAUUAUUUCAUUUUAUUUGUUUGAUUAUUUCAUUUUGUGUGUAUUGUGCACAGCUUUAGGGAAAAAACUGCACUAAUUGUGCUGUUCCUUAUAAAUGAUAUACAUUAUUGACACAGACAAAUAAAGUUUCUAAUUGUUUCUGAUUUAACCACUAGUGAUACAGCAUAUUCUGUAUGGAAUGUUUUCUCCCUUUUCAUUGUCAUCUACUUCAUUUUUUGUUUUCAUGUUUUGAAGAAAUAAAGACCAAAAAGUAUUAUUGUGCAAUUGGUAUCCUCAUCCAAAAGAAAGAAGAUAGACACCCAGUAUUCAAACUCUUGAAAAUGUCAACCCUUUGGCCAUGCAAUGUUUCAUUUUUAAUUUCUCAAGAAAGCACAGUUAAGGGUCAGAAUAUUUGCCUAUCCUGUAGUGCUGAGAUAAAUAUUGGAAAGCAGUGUUAUCUUGGCAUUCUUCAAUUUCACUAAUUGUCUUUUAACAUAUAUUAGUGCCACUCUACCUGCAUCUUUUCUGUAUCCAAGGAAAUGAACCCAUACAGCCUUUUACUGUAUAGAGUAUUAUAUCAAAUCAAUCAAACCCAAUAUAAUUGAUCAUUGGAAAUGUGUAUCUAGCUGCUUCUCAAGGAAUAAAUAAGUGAAUUGGUCUUUUAGUAUCAUACACUGUAUUUCUCUCAUUUCCCGUAGAACUUCUGCCUGGCAUUGAUAAGUUCUGACUGUCUAAUUAUAUAGGCUAUUGACUUCAUGUAUCAUACAAUCAAACCUGUAUAGGGAGAGGUGACCCCAAAAGGGGAAUUAACAUUUGUGGGAAAAAAAAAAAGUUUUGACCCCUAAAGCUUGUGCACAUAUUUGCAAGUCUACCUUAAUAUCAGUGGAUUUAGUUCAUACUGUAAUCUAUAGAAUCUGUUCACUGUCUGCCUACAAAUG